GGCUGGUUCACGGCAGGAGGCUGCAGACAGACAUCCAGAGAGGGGUCUGAGCUCAGCGCCACCUCCCUGGUCUGCGAGCAACUUUACAAAUCCCUGUGUUGGUGGGUGGAAUGAAGGAACCGAGGGGCCAGGCUCACAGGCACAGACUUAUCCAGCCCUUAGCAAGAGGAAGCCGAGCAGCGUAAGGUGUAGCAGAGGGAGCCUGUGUAAUCUGACGGUGUUUAAACAUUAAACAUCCCGCAUUGGAGCAUCAAACUUCGCUCCGUUCAUGUGAUAAGAGGUUGCUUUAUAACCACGCUGUACCUUCAACCUUCCGGAUCUAUAAACAUCUCAGACAGCAGAGGUCCAACAUGAAGGAACAGAGCGGUAUUGAGGAUACAAAGGCAUUGUCUCCGACUACUCCUGCCUGGCAGAGAUUGACCUGGUGCACAGCUGAAUAUGAAUCCAGGGCACAAAUUCCACAAGGUCUCAGCAGUGGUGAGUACUCCCACCACUGGCAAACACAAGAUAGUGACACAGGAAUGGUGCCAAAGGGACAUGGUACAUCUGUAAUCAGGAAAUUUACUUUUAAUCCAAAGGAAGGGAUCGAUAAUCCUGCCUUGGUCAUUUGUGACGAUGCAGAAUUGCCAAUCUUGCUGAAGCCCAGAGUCUGUGUCUUGGAUAAGAAAGAUAACGAAGUGUUCGGUUUCUACUUGCGAGGGGAGAAGGGAAAGCUGGGACAUAUCAUCAGGCACGUGAAACCAGGCAGCUAUGCUCAGUACGCUGGCCUCUUUGAUGCUGACAGGGUGAUAGCGGUAAACGGGGAGUAUGUGGACAGCACCGAACAUUCCAAGGUUGUAGAGAAAAUAAGGUUGAGUGGGAACAAGGUCACCUUUCUUGUUGUUGAUGGGUCUGCCUACGAAGAUGCAAAAAUGAGGAAUCUGAAUAUUGCAGAGCUCAUACAGUCUGAUAUCCAGGCCCUGUGUGAUAAACCACGAAUGUGUUACGUGGAAAGAGGCCCAAAUGGCUUCGGCUUUGAGCUGUGCUCUCUCAAAGGUGCCAAGGAUCCAUUUACAUUGAGUGUCCAUUCUGAAGGACCUGCAGAGAAAGGUGGAGUGUGUUCAGAGGACACACUCAUUGAAAUUAAUGGUAUCAAUGUGGAGGACUGCACCUAUCUACAAGUCAAAAAACAGAUUAAACAAAGUGGAGAUUCAGUAACUUUAUUGGUGGCUGAUCAGAGGACACAUGCUUACUACCGAGCCAAAGGCAUCAGGAUCAUUCCAGCUAUGGCCUGCUUCAAGCACUUGCCAUUCAAGCCACGAAAACUGUACUUGGUGAAAGGAAGUUGUGGCUAUGGAUUCCUGUUGAAAACCGAGAGAAAAAUUUCAGGGACGUACGGUCAGUUUUUGUGCGAAUUGGAUGCUGGAAGUCCAGCGGAGAGAUGUGGGAUGAAGGAGGGAGACCGUCUGCUGGCUGUAAACAGGGAAAGCAUUGAGGGACUACAUCAUGAUGCUGUGGUGAAGAAGAUCAGGGAAAGUGGCAAUCAAACCACAUUCAUAGUCAUCAGUUCUGAAGGAGAUAACUAUUUCACAGCUUUGGGUUUGUCUCCUCUAAUUUGUAUGAAAGAUGAUUAUGUUGAAGAACAAAUGGAAUCGAAUCAGACAACUGAAAGCUGCCUGCCAGCUGAGCAAGCAUCCCCUCGUCCAUGCCACCCAACAGCUCAACAAGCUACUGGCCCCAAAGCAAGGCUUUGCCAUUUGGUGAAGGGCUCGUCAGGGUAUGGAUUUCAAAUUUACUGCAUCACGGAUGAGCCAGGAAUUUAUAUCCAAGAGGUUAUACCUGGAGAUGUUGCAUACAAAGCAGGAAUCAGGGAUGGUGACAUGCUGAUCGAGGUAAAUGGCAUGAACAUAGAGAAGGUCUGCUAUGAGGAUGUGCUCGAGAAGAUAAAAGAGAAACAGCAUAAGGUGAUUCUUCUUGUCAUGAAUAAAAAAGAAUAUUGGUACUGCAAGGAUAAUGACAUCCCAAUUAGCAGAGAAUCAGAAGACAACGAAGCCAGCAAAGCUGAGAGUAUGGAGAAAGAGACUGGCUCCGGCACUGGCACCAGGAAAAUAAACAAAUAAAACCACCAAACAAGACAGCAAUGCUCAUGGUGUUAACAAGGUUUCACAGCUGAAGGACAGCAGUUCAUUUUGCUGAAGCUUCGCCUGUCAAACUCACCAUUUCAAGAAACUCUUACCUGCUAAAACAGACAAAGACACUGGAGAAUGGAAAAGGGAGAACUCUGUGCACUUGAUUAAUCCCUGGAUUAUCAAGAUGGAAGGAUGCUGAACAGCCAGGGUUCAUGCAGUUUAAAUCAACUCACUUUAAAAAAUUUUUAGAACACCUUCUUUCAAAGGAUCACAGAUCAUCACACUUCAAAUUCAAGGUUUCAUUUUGAAAAGAGUUAUCCGGGGUCAGUUUGGAAGAACAAUUUGCAGUGCGUGUCUUAAGAGUGACUGCGCACCUAUAGAACAAUGAGAACAGGAUGUGCCAACUGGCAUCUGAGGGAGCAGACAGGUGUUUCAUGUUCAGAUCCUGACACUCUGUUUUCCUGAUUGCUGAGGAAUCAGCAGUGGUAUGAUGCCGUCUGACUUUCUUCUCUCUGGUGGGUGUACCCCAUUGCUUGUUUGAUGCUGUACCUGAACACACAGCCCAAAUUUCCAUCCAGCAGAACGUGUGCAUCUGGGCUAUUUUAAUAGUGGAGCAACACGCUUUAAUAUAAGGUACUCCAAUUAUAAAUAAUUCAACAACACUUUAUAAUCACUUUGCAUCUCAUGAAAUUGAGCUGGCUGGUAUUUGACAAACAGGUAUCAAAUUGAGGGAGGAGGGAAUGUUCAGUUGCUGGCACUUUUAUCAUUAAAGAGGCUUACAGAAAAGGCUCAAGCCAUUCUGUUUAUCAAGCCGAUUCUGGUUCUUAGGAAGAAUGAUCCAAAUUAUUCAAAUCCACCCAGCCCAUAAUGACUGUUCAUCAACAGAAUAGAAAUGACAAAACAUUCCAAUGUGACAUUAAUCCACCACCCUCAGGUUGUUAAAAGCACAAUACAGGAAACACAUGUCUCCCAAAAGAUUCUAUCACAGAUCAGACUGAAGAAAGAAAGGCCACUCACAGCAAAACUUAUCCUAAAGACUUGUCACUUUGAGAA